UCAGUGUCAUGGCGCCCACUAAGAGCCAAUUGGCUUCAUAAACCUUACCGCGAAAACAAUAGGAAGCUCGAUCCAAUCUUUUUUUUUAGAUCAGUGAGUCGAGCCUUUGGCAACAGCGUAGGACCAUUGGCAGAGUUGCUGUCGCGACGAGCCCAGGGAAGUGUUGCGAAUUUAAUUAGCGACAGUUUCUAGUGUCGUAAGACAGUUUUUUGUCAGCGGAAAUAAGGCCUCAAGUCCAUUUGACUGCAUGGAAGAAAUUCUGCCGGAACGGUGAUGGGACAGUGACAUGAUGAAUAAUGUGAAUCGCCCUUUAAAGGUCACUAUUGCGCAUGUGCGCGGCCGAUGGCGGUUUCUUCUCACCGCAUAUUCCUCUUCAGCUCGACUUGUGAUUGGUGGAAAACCUGAUGCUAGGGUUCCAAAUUAUGUGGUGUGGACCUGCUGGGAUACAAGACGACCCAAGAGUUCCUAUAAGGUGCCAUGGCGUCCUAACCCUGGACCUGUCACUGUCACUGGUGGAGAACAUGCCUUGCAGUGUGCGGAAUGGCUUCACUUAGGAUCGGACUGCGAGGUUAUGGUAGAUAAAGCCACUGCAAACAACCAAUGCCUGUCUGAAGUGAGCCAAAUGGUGAGGGUGGUCAGGAGACGAGUUUUGGUGGAGGACCUAAAAGGGACAUUUUUUUUUUCUUUAUAGGAUCAGGAAGGAAGCUUAAACAUCUAUGAUUGCGGGGACACUAUUAAAUUUGUGAUACGGUGAAACACAUAUGUGAUUUAAAGCAUUCUUUACUUUUUUAUUGUUCGUUAGAAAAAAUACAUUUAUGUGAUUUUAUUGAAACAUAUAUCCUUUGUCUACCAGAUGUAUCUCUAUAGUCAAUAAAUAUUAUUACGACAA